UGUGGCAUCCGAAUUUUAGUGUAUGUUGUUAAAACGUUUGUCAUUUGUGUGAUAAAUUUGAAACAUCGUCUCAUUUUAAAGGAUUUUCUUCGCCAUUUAGUUACAAUUAUCCAUAGGCUGCCAAGUUAGCCUAGGAAAAAGAUACGAACCGAAACACGGGGCUUAUUUCUACAUCACGUGAGUUUGUGUCAACUUUUACACGGGUUAAUUCUAAAACUACAAAUAUGUCAGACACAGAAGAACCUUGUGUUGUUCCAAAAUUGGAGAAGAUUGACUCUAAUGAAAAUAUCAUAAAUAUAGUUGAUAAAGAAAAACCUCAAUUAUCAUCGAAAGCGUCGGCGUUUUCUAUAGCGGCCAUUAUUGGGAGUCCGACACCGAAAAUUGAGAAUAGCGAUAGUGAAGAUAUUAUCAUCGACGAUACCUCCCUUUCACCUUUAGAAAAAUUGGUAGAAAGACAAUCCGCGAUGCCACAGAAAAUAAUACCGAAAGACAAAAUACCUUUAAAGACAGCCAAAAUAGCAACGACACCAGUGACGUCAUCUGGAAGCAAAGAAAUGGAGCACGUGAGUUGUCGUCUAGAAACAAAAGAACUAUGGGAUAAAUUUCACGAACUUGGAACGGAGAUGAUUAUUACUAAGACGGGAAGGCGAAUGUUUCCAACUUUGAGGGUUUCGUUUACUGGUUUGGAUCCUGAUCAGAAGUAUUUGGUGUUAAUGGAUAUAGUUCCGGUCGAUAACAAAAGAUAUCGCUACGCCUAUCAUCGUUCAUCAUGGUUAGUCGCCGGAAAGGCGGAUCCACCACUUCCUAACAGGUUCCACGUACACCCCGAUUCUCCAUUUACCGGAGACCAGCUACAGAAACAGACAGUGUCGUUUGAAAAGUUGAAACUCACCAAUAAUAUGAUGGACAAAACUGGCCAUGUGAUCCUGAAUUCUAUGCAUAAAUAUCAACCACGUAUACACGUUGUUAAGAAGAAGGAAUCAACACAAUGUCAAGGAGCUAUAUCUUCAAUAGAAGGCGAAGAGUUUCGUACUUUCAUAUUUCCGGAAUCCGUAUUCAUCGCUGUUACUGCUUACCAGAACCAACUGAUAACCAAGCUAAAGAUUGAUAGUAAUCCAUUUGCUAAAGGAUUUAGAGAUUCCACAAGAUUAACAGAUUUUGACAGCAGUCCCGGGAUGUCACCCAGUUUCGCUUUUCCUUAUCGCGACACGAUGGAGUCUCUAUUACAGCAACAUACAUAUUCUAGAUCGCCACUGAGAUCAUAUGCUGAUAGCGGUGAUUAUGAAGAAGCCAUGUUAAAACACAGAGAAUACCUACUCGCCAAAGAUGACGUAGAUAAUCAUGAAGUGAUGCCGAAUCCUGCUUGGUCUGUGUGGCGUCCAGUCUGUUCCUCUGUGAAUUCAUCUGUAGCUAGCAGAAACUUUUACACCUUAUAUGGUGGUUUGUUAGGUCUCAGUAAUACUGGAUUACCGUUUCCUGCUAUAGGUUUUCAACCCUUACCUUUACCCAAUGGACUUAGAGAACUAUCGUCACCAAAUUCGUCAGUUACGUCAUCCGAAUCUGUGCGUCACGUGUAUUCCGGACUUUACCGAUAUCAUCCGUAUAUGUUACACGAACGAUUAAAAGGUGUUUCGUCGGAAUCAAGUAGUGAUUCGUGUAGGCAAUAAAGUGAUGUUGUAAUUCUGUUUCAGUAUUAAUAAAUCUGUGAAUAAAUUAUAAUAAAUUAUGUAUAGGACUGAUAUUUAUUGGACGUAAAGUUAUA